UUAUGUUUGAGCGAGUCGUUGCCAGCUUUUGGUGCGAGACCAGCGGCGCUCUGUUUGCGGUAGCGGCAGGCGGCAGCAGCCGAACAAGCAUGUCUUCACCACCUAAAGUCAAAGCAGAGACCCGAGCUGGACAUCCUCCUGCUGUCAAAGCUGGUGGAAUGAGAAUUGUGCAGAAACAUCCACACACUGUAGAUGCCAAAGAGGACAAAGACAAGGAACAGGAGGACUGGGAAAGUGGCACAAGUCCACCUAAACCAACUGUGUUCAUUUCUGGAGUCAUUGCAAGGGGUGAUAAAGAUUUUCCCCCAGCUGCAGCCCAGGUGGCUCAUCAGAAACCUCAUCCCUCUGUGGAAAAGCUUCCUCCCCCACAGCACGUCAACCAGUACAUCCACCAGCCUCGUAAAUGAAUCGCCUUUCCAAGACUCAGCCAUAGUGUUUACGGAUGGGAAGAUUAAGAGAUUUGUGCUACCAGAUCUUUUAAAAGUGGUAUCUCAUGCUUUUGCCUUAAUUGCCUAUGGUUUAAAUAGUUUAAUAAAGGGAGGGGGGAGAGAGUUUUCAGUUCCAUCCCCUCAACUGAAAACUAUGCUCCUGUGUACUGUCAGUCAAAAAUGUUAUGGUCAUAGAAAUGUAACAGGAUGGGGAUAACCUACAUCAGACAAUGUCUUUGAUGAAUAAUUAUUUUAAACUUUUUCAUUCCUUGAUUUUGUCACGAUGGGAAUGUGUCAUAUUGGGGUGGGGGAAGGGGAAGAGAUGUAUAACUUUCACUUGCCCUCCUUUAAUGAGAGAUUUUUAAUGUGUGGGUCAGACUUUUAUGGGGCCACUGUGAUUCUUUUUAAUUUUUCUUCUCUUCUUAAAUAUGUUUGAGGAAGGGCAUGCUUCUUAAUUUUUAUUUUAGUAAAGGAUAUGAAAAGACCAGAAAUUUCUCAGAUGGGUAGAGCUCUCUUGCAAGGUAGAUCUUUAAAAUAUUCAUGUCAUAGAUCUGGUGGCUUAGCCAAAGAUUGAUCAAUUGGUUGGUUCAUAAUCUUUAUCAGGACUCCCUGCAUUUUUUCCAAAAUAACAAGAGCAAUAAGAAACAAGAAUCUAAAAUGGCAAGAUUAGGUGGUCUGCAUAUUGCUAUGCUUUCUAGAUAGUCAGAAAAGACAGGAACUUUUCAGGCCCUUGAAACAGUUUUUAAACAUGCAGGAAUAGCAUAUGGUACAGUCUUUCCUAAAUGUAUAGUUUCAGAUUGUAGGAGCAGGCUGAAUCUUAUGUUUUAAUGCCCCAUUUGCAGUCUCAAUACUACAGUCCAGGAAAGACUCCAUCAUAUACUAUUCCUCCAGGUUUGAAUCAAUUUACAUUGGUAACUUAAGUUGUAUAUUAUGUUAAUACAGUAAAAUGUGGAGUAACAUGUACUAAUGGACAAUAAUUAGUCCUUAUCCCUUCUUUAUCAAAGCAAGCAAUGAAAGAAAAAGGCCAUGAACCACCUCAGGUGUGUGAGAAGUGGUCCCAGAUGUAGGUGCAUAUUCCCAUAUGCAUCUGUUGGAUCCAUUACAUUCAGUGGGGAACUAGGUGAGCAUUGGAAUGCACAUCUGGCUGUAUAUCUCCAUCAGUUGCACAUGACAAUCUCCACUGGUAGUUUUUUUUGGGGGGGGAUGUAAAAAUUGCUAUUAGUUAAAGCUAGGUCUAGUCAUGCAUACAACUUUGUACUUUAGAAUCACUUAGUUCUGUGUUCCCAAAUUUCACAUGCAGUUUUAUAGGUACUUUAAAGUACUCCAUUUUUUAUCUUGUAGACUUCAAAACAUUUUAAUAACUUCAGAAAAGUGGCUGCUAAUAAAUCAUUGUUGCAAUUCCUUUUCUGGCAAACCAUGGGAAAUUUCCACUCCCUUUGGGCUUUGGAGAAUCAUUUAUUUUUAAUGACAAGUAACAUGAGAAAACUGCAAGAGGAGAGUUUUAAUAAUAAUAAAAACCCUUUGAAAUAC